AUGGAACUUUUUAAAUCAUUACAGCUAUUGGUAUUACUGUCGCCUGCGCUGGCGCAGUAUGAAGGCUACGGUCUGGAGGACCACGGGCUAGAGGGCUACGGAGGGUAUCACCAUGCCCCCCUCGUGCACCACGCCAUACAGGAGCAACACAACGAGGAGUACGACUUGGACUAUCAUGCGCAUCCUAAAUACUCAUUCGACUAUUCAGUGAAGGAUCCCCACACGGGGGAUGAGAAGGAACAUUGGGAGACGAGAGACGGAGACAAAGUCAAAGGCUCCUACACGGUAAUGGAAACGGACGGAACGAAACGGAUCGUGGAAUACGAGGCGGACGACAAGAACGGUUUCAACGCGAUCGUCCACAGAAUAGGACAUCCCAAGCCCGAACCGAUCCAGGAGUACGUCGCCAAGCCAGUCUAUGAACCCCACUACCAGGAAGAGUACCAGCAGUACGAAGGGGGGCUUUAUGCCCAUCACUGGGUACGAACACGGACACUGAUAGCUAUAGUCUGUUGGGAUCUUCAAACCAUAUCGGAAUAUGCAUAG